AUGGCUUUGGUGAGAAGUCUAUUGGGUGCAAAGAAGAUACUUGGCCUCUCCGUAACAGCAGGAGCCGCAACAAGCAAAAGGGCAGCCUCGGCAGCGCCAAAAGGGUUUCUUGCGGUGUACGUGGGAGAGGGUCAGAAGAAGAGAUAUGUAGUGCCAAUCUCAUACUUGAGCCAGCCUUCGUUUCAAGCUCUUCUCAGCAAAUCCGAAGAAGAGUUUGGGUUCGAUCAUCCAAUGGGUGGCUUAACGAUCCCUUGUCCUGAAGAUACCUUCAUCAACGUAACUUCUAGGCUCCAAUGA